AUGGACAUAGACCCACCCCCAAUGACCUCCCCCACCACCUCCCCCACCGACCACCCCUCCACCGCCCUGACGCUCCCCCUCCCAGCCGACCCCUACGACUGGACCCCCCCACAAGUCACCUCCCACCUCCUCCCGCUGCUCCCCCCCGCAAUCCACGCCCCCCUCACCACCACCCUCCUCUCCAACGACGUCGACGGCGAAACCCUCCUCACGCUCGUGACCUACAGCCGCCUCCAGACCGACCUGCACCUCCGCUCCAUGGGCCACCGCGGCCGCGUCCUCCGCGCCAUCGACGCCCUGCGCCGCCGAAGCCCCAAAUACCAGUCCUCCCUCGCCCCCGCGGAGGAACUGCAAGCAGAGAUCAAGCCCCUGGGCGGGCUCGACACGCUGCAGCACCGCCGACGGCAGCAGCAGCGGCACACCACGCCCGAUGCAACACUAACACUGACGCGCUUCCCGACGUCGCCCUCCCCCACACCCACACCCACACCCACACCCACCCCCACCCCCCCACCAUCCACCCCCCCACCCCACCCGCACUCCCAAUCCCAAUCCCAACCGCACUCCCUCCCCCUCGCGCUCUCCCCGCCCCCACCCCCCAGGCCACCAAGCGAAGACCCCUUCCACCUCCUCCAAACCACCACCGACGACCCCCUCUUCGUCGCCGACGCCGCCGCCCUCCUGCGCAGCCACAGCGCCGUCCGCAUCGUGCGCAACAAGCACACGGGCGCCAUCGAGGCCGUGCCACUGUCCUCGCCGCGCAAGCUGGCCAUCGAGUACCACCACCACCACGAGGACACUGAGGAUGAGGAUGAGGAUGAGGCGGCGCUGGACUACACGCUCGACGACGGGUGGGCGCCCGCGGAGAGGCCGGGGUCGCCCGAGCUGCCGGAGUCGCAGCUGGUUGAUGCCACGCCGAUGCCGACGCCCCCGCCCACUGCUACCGCCGCUGCCGCUGCCGCGCCGGCUGCGCUGCAGUUGUCGAAUAAGCGGAAGCGCCCCUCUGGCGACGAUGGGGAUGGGGACAAUGAGGAGGAGGAGGAGGAGGAGGAGGAGGAGGAGGAGGAGGAGGAGGAGGCACUCCCGCUAGUGGUUGAGAAGGAGGAUGUAGUCGAGAAGGACGGCGGCCGGCGUAAGGUGUGGCGGGGGAAGGAGAAGGAGAGGGGGAGGGGGAGGACGAGGUAUUUACCGCUGAAGGGGACGCCCGUGGAUAGGCUGAUUUAUGGGGAUGUGGGUGUUGGCGAGGAUGUGCAGGUGGAGGAGGAGGAGGAGGAUGGGAAUUUUGUGAUCGUCCAUAAGCCCACCCCGCGCGGCCACCAACUCUACAUCGACCGCCAAAUCCGCCACCUCCUACGCAGCGCCGAGACCUCCGAAACCACACACAACGGCCACGUCCGCCACGGCAUCAAGCCCUACCACUCAUCCCUGGUGCUGAAGCACCACCACCAGUCCAUCACCGUGUUCACCGCGCAGCCCGACGGCUCCUGCAAAGUCACCAGGGAAACCACCGCCACCGUAAGCCUACCAUGGGACGAAGCGCCGCAGGCAUCGCAGCCGACCUCCGACGUGCAGAUGGUCCGCUUCGCCGCGGACAAGAAGGAUGCCACCGCCGCCAAGGACGGCGCCGCCGGCGACUGGGACUACCUGCUCAAGUGGCAGAACAUCGAUAACGACACCGAGCUGCCGACGCUCGGCGACUCGGGCUCCGAGGGCGAGUACUCGCUCGAGACGUGGGGGGAGCUGACGUCCGAGAACGGCGGCGCGCCGCUGGGCCGGCCGCUGGGGAGGAGCAACCAGGUUGCGCUGAGCGCGGAGGAGAUUCUCGAGGUGCUCAACGAGGGCGAGCAGGCGGUUAUUGGUAACUGGCGCAAGCGCGAGCUGCCGCGGCAGGAGGCGAAGGCGUGGCGCAUGUACUGCUGGGCGAAGAAGAGGCGGGAGCGGAAGCGGACGGCGAGGGAUGCGAGGGGGUAUGUCAAGGAGCUGACGGAGAGGCUGGAGAAGAUGAAGGCUGAGAUUGUGGGUGUGGGGUGGACGCAGAAGGCGCUGGUGAAGAAGCAGGUGAAGGUCAUGGAGCCCAGUAUUGCUGAGCGGGAGCUCAACAAGUGGAUCGUGGGGUUGAUGGAGAGGAAGAAGGCGCCGCCAAGGCCGGAGACAGCUACGAGAGCAAAGGCCGUCACUCAAAACGCUCAAAACGCUCAAGACGGCGAUGUCGAGAUGGCCGAUGGAGACGAGGAUGCUGACGACGAAGACGGCGAAAGCCUCGGAAGCACCACUGACGCAUACGAUAGUGACGACGACGAAGGCCUCGACGGCUUUAUUGUUGAUGACAACGUGAAGGACAUGGUAAAUGGCGUCGCAGUCGAAGUCGAGGGCGAGACUGAGGUUCUGGAAGAGCUGGCGCGAAAGGCGGCCGAGGCCGAGGCCGAGAUAAUCGACUCGGACGGAGAAAGCACCGACUCCCCACGCCGACGACCACCCAGGCGGACGGGGGCGGUCCGGCUAUUUAGUGACGACGAGGAAGGACAAGUUAUUAGAGAUGACGUAGACGCGCACAUGGGCGGAAUGGGCGACGAAGAUAGCAUUGAAGAGAGCGAGAUAGAGGAAGGCGAGAUAGAGGAAGGCACCACGACGCUGGACAAAGGAAAAGGCAGGGUCGUGCCGGAUUCUGCCUCUGAUUCCGGCUCCGCAAAGGUCAAGGCCGAACCCGUAUCCACGCAGAAACCUCGGAGCGCUGUGCCGACUGCUCUAAAGAAAGAUAUACCGAUCAUUGACCUUACCGGCGAGGAUGAUGACCCGCCACCGAAGCGGGGCGCGUGGAAGGCCAGGUGCGAGAAAAGACAGCGCUUGGGCCUGGCUCAAAAUUUUGACGACGACGAUGACGAGAAAGCAGAGAAGCCGCAGGAAUUACUCGAGAGACUGGUCCAAGAGACCGAGCAGCACGAGAGGUCAGCGAUGUGGUACCGGCUUGAGCAAUUCACCCCUUCAGAGUCAUACGACUCGAUGAUGAGCGUCGCCCAACAACUCUACCGGACCAAGUUCAAGGAUGUGCCGGGUUUAGAUGAGUAUGUGCGCUUGUGGCCCAAGAAGAAGUUCGAGGCGCUAAAUGAGACCGAUAGAUAUAACGCGCAGAUAUUCAGAAUGAUCUCGACUAUCUAUGUUUCCUGGGCGCUGGGAAUUACUGACACUUCGCAGAAGCUCAAGAAGAACGAGGUGGAUCGCCUGACUGACAAAGACAAAUUUGGAAAAUAUAUGGGCCUGUUGAAGAAUGCUCUGGCGCCGUACUGUCUGGAAGAAGAUGUUACUGCUCCUCCGUCAUCGCCCCCGCCCCCGCCGCCCCCGCCGCCGAAGGAGAAGAGGAGAAAAUCUGGUGUUGGGCGGACAGUGGAUCUUAACGACUCGGAAGUCAAUGUCGCGCCCAGUAGUAGCACCGGCCUAAAGAAGCUGAAGGAGGUUGUAAUAGACCCCAAUUCGAAAGAACAGCGUGAUCGCUUGAAUAAAAAGGAGAAGCAGAGGCAGGAUAGAGAAAGGGCAGCGAGAAAGAGAAAUGCCGGAAUUCCUCGGGAUCCAAAAAAGAUUCCUGUCAACUUGGGUAAGUACGCCAAAGACAACGACAUCUUUCUGGACAAUUCCUUCACAGAUUAUUUGAAGAAACACCAGAUCGACGGGAUCUUGUUUAUGUGGCAACAAUUGAUCCAGGCGGGGCAGAAUAGAGGUGCGCUACUGGCUCAUACCAUGGGACUGGGGAAAACGUUGCAGGUCAUUACACUACUUUAUACGAUCGCGACAGCAGCCGCAUCGAACGAUAAGAAGACUUAUGAGCAAAUACCUGAGCAUCUAAGAGAAUCAAAGACCUUGAUCCUCAGUCCUCCGGGACUGAUUGAUAACUGGUGGGAUGAAUUUUACCGCUGGCUGCCGACAUCACCAACCGGAGAAGUAGAUUUUAGCAACAUAGGGAGGAUCUGGAGGGCAGAUUCGAUAGUAACGCCACCAGAGAGACGAGUAUUAAAUAUACAGGAGUGGUACGAGAAUGGAGGAGUCCUGCUCAUAGGGUACCAGGGCUUUCGCAAUUUUAUACUCAAUUCACCCCCAUAUCCAGAGGAGAUACAUCAGCAGAUCAAAACGAUGCUCCUUGAUGGGCCAAAUAUCAUUAUUGCGGACGAAGCCCAUCAGUUGAAGAACCAAAACACGAAGAUCUCGGAUGCUGCACGUGGAUUUAGGUCAAUGUCUAGAAUUGCGAUGACGGGUUCUCCAUUAUCCAAUAACCUAAUAGAGUAUUGGUCCAUGAUCGAAUGGAUUGAUCCCGGUUUUCUAGGCCCAAGGAGGGAGUUUGAGGGGAAAUAUGUCGCGCCGAUUGCGGCGGGUUUGUACGCAGACAGCAGUCACUGGGACAAGCGGAGGUGUUUAAAGAUGCUUAGGGUUCUCAAGAAAGACAUUGGCCCCAAAGUCCACAGAAUGGAUAUCAGCGCCAUCGAGCAGGAACUACCGGGAAAGACCGAAUUUCUGAUCAAAGUGCCGCUGACCCAGUUGCAGUGGGAGAUGUACACAAAUUUCGUCAAUGACCCGACGACCACGGGACAGAUGCCGGGAGAGGGAGCGGCAAAGCUUGGACGAAAAUUCUUCGACGCUGUUCACCUUCUCUCCUUGAUUUGCAACCACCCUCUUUCGUUCGUUGAGACCUUGGACACGCGAGAGGGCAAAAACCAGGCGUUAGUGCCUUUGAAACCCCCCACACCACCCUCAGCCUCGGAUGAUGAGACCUCCGUCAUUGACGUCGACGAUAUGGACGACGAUGUAAAUGAUCUUCUAAGCGCGACCAAUAAACCGUAUCCAUGGGCGAGGGCACUCAUGAACACGGUACAAGACCCAAUGGCAGUUGAACACUCGCACAAGAUGUACCUGCUCAAGAUUAUCAUCGACAAUGCGACCAACGCGAAAGAUAAGACGCUGAUAUUCACUCACAGCACUCUAACCCUUGGCUUCCUUGAGAAAACUUUGAAAUCGUGGGGUGUCUCCUUCAUAAAGAUCGACGGAAAAACACCCAUGGGCUCGCGGCAAAGGCUCACAAAGCAAUUCAACGAAAAGGACAUUCAAGUUGGGCUCAUCUCCACCGAGGCUGGCGGGUUGGGCCUAAAUCUUCCAGGCGCAAACAGGGUCAUCAUCUUUGACUUCAAGUGGUCGCCUAUGUGGGAGGAGCAGGCUAUCGGCAGAGCCUACAGAAUUGGACAAAAGAAGCACGUGUUCGUGUACAGGUUCCAUGCUUCUGGGACGUUCGAGGAGAUAGUGCGAAAUACAGUCCUCUUCAAGAACCAAUUGCAAAUUAGGGUUGUCGAUCAACAGGAUCCCAUCCGCAAUGCUACCAGGUGUGCAAAGGCGUACUUUAGGGAUCCAUACGUUGUUCAGAAGGAGGAUAUCUCAGGGUUCAAAGGGAAGGAUCCUCUAGUUCUAGAUAAAAUGAUGGACCAGGUUGAUUGCAUCCUAGCGAUUGAAAACACGGAGACCUUCCAGGACAUUGAGGACACGUUAACAGAAGAAGAGAUCCGCGAAAGUGACCAGCUGCUCCGGGCGGAACAAGAACAACGCAAUAGCAAUAAAACUCUAGAUGAUAACGCACGCAAGGCUGAUGCUGAGUAUCGUAGAACGGAUCUGGGGGCUGCAAUAAUCCCCCCCAACCCCUUUAACGAAACAGAUAUGCAGCUACAACGAGAGGAGCAGCUACAACAAGAGAUGGAGCGACGAGAGGAACAGCUACAACAAGAGAAGGAGCGACGGGAGGAGCAGUUACAACAAGAGAAGGAGCGUCUAAAACGGGAGAAGAAACAACAAGAGGAGCAAGCGAGGAUACUCCUGGAGAAUCAAGCGAGAGCACUCGUUCGUGCCAGGGGCCUUGCAACCCUUAAUCGAACCCCUCUUCCGACUCCAGAACCAACUGCCCGGCAACCUGCUACUGCCCCAAAGUCAAGAAACCCCCCUCCCACACCGGGUCCCAACGAGCUUGUUGCUUCCCUCCCUCCAACUGUUGCUGGGCGUACAAAGAGCCUGAGCAAAGGCGUGGUUCUUCUUCGCCGUCAAUGCCUGGAAGUAAAGGCCGGGGGAGUCACAGAGAGAGUCACGCCUUCCACAACACCCACGGCCCCCCCCGCACAGAAAACCCCGGCUCCAGAGCUACCAAAGAUAUUUGGCGACAAACCUAGACGUAGUCCCACCGAUAAACCUAAUGACUAA